GCUCGAGUGAGAGUCACGGGAGGAAGCAGGUGGAUUGUUCACGCCCAGCUUGUUGAGCGGGUGGAGCAGGUUACGAACGAGGUAACCACAGUCGCACCGUGGGGGGAAGGAGCUGGAGGAGAAGAUAUGCACAGCAGGUGAUCGGCUGCAGUCUCCGGCAGCGGGCCCCCCCCCCUCGUUGAUCCAGUCUCUCGCUGUCUAAGCCAAGAUGAAACUUUCGGUCGUUGUGUUGGGCCUGAGCGUGGCUGUGAUGCUUGUCAUGAUUUACCAGGCCGUGAGCCAGGAGCUGAACCUGCGUUAUUUGAAAGCCCGCAUGGUGGAGAACUCGGCGGAGGUCAAGAGGAAAGAGGAAGCCAUCAUCGAGGUGAAAACUAAAAUCCGGGAGCUGAAGACAACGCUGGCGUCUUUCAACGCCAAGAUGGAUGAGUUGAAGAAGAAGAAGGCAGACGCUGAAAAAUCAACGCAGGAGAUUGAUAAACGUCUGCAGACUUGUAACUCCGAGAAGGCAGAUACUGAGAGUAAGAAGACAAGUGUGGCAGAGGCCAUGACGAAACUCAAAGCUGAUCAUGAAGAGGCUAAAAAGAAGGCCGAGGAGGACAUUCAGGGCUUGAAACAACAGAUCUUGGACAGAGACAAGGCUAUUUGUGCCUUUGCGGAUGCGACGAAGGAGGAAGCCCGGAAGCUCUGUGGAAUCUCUGAAGCUCCAAAAUAAAACCAACUCAGAAACACUAAGCAUUGACGGAACUUUUUAAAAAAGAAGCACAUCGUGCAUACAAGGAUACAUUUUGUAAUAUCUCUGAUUUGAUUAUAGCUCUACUUGUUUCUUAUGAGAAAGGAAAAACGUUGAAUGUUGAAUUUUUAAAAAAGAAAAAAAUCUGUACAUACAUUCAUAGGACAAAUGGCACAGACAGAGGGAGUGGGGAAACAUGUUGGAAAGUUUUAUAUCAUUUUCUAUGUGAUUGCUCUCAUUUUUUUACAUCUAGCUUGGCCUGUUGUCUCAGUAAAAUACUUCAACAUAUAUUUGUGAAUACAUGAAUCACAAAUAAAAGAGUUUAGCUGUUAUGUGGAGUCAUUACAAAAAUAGCUUCCCCCGACUGAACCAAUAAAGCUCCAUGGUGUAGCACCUGAA